AGCAAGAGAAAAGACAAGGCUUCAAAUCAAAAGCCAUGUUUCCAUUGCUUUUGUUAUCAGGUUUUAUCACCUUCACUUUGAGUGUCCCUCAGUAUGUCUUUGUGAAUGAAUCCAAGACUUGGGCAGAAGCUCAGAGAUACUGUAGAGAUAAAUACACUGAUCUGGCCACCAUUGAGAAUGAUCAACAAACAAACCAGUUAAUUGACACAGUUAAAGAUGAUUCCAUUGAUUUGGCCUGGAUUGGACUCUAUGAUGAUCUGAACAGUUGGAAAUGGACUCUAGAGAACAGUGAUUUCUUUAACGUGGGAGAGAAAGAAUUCAGGAACUGGUAUAACCCAGGACCAGGCAAUUAUGGAGGACAAAGUCUGUGUGUGUAUAUGUACAUGGGGGUAUGGUAUUCAAGACACUGCUCCGAUACACAUCCUUUUAUCUGCUAUGAUGGAAGACAGAAUGCUAGUUCUAGUUAUGUCUCGGUUUACCAGUACAAAAACUGGACUGAAGCUCAGAGUUACUGCAGAGAACAUCACACAGACCUCGUCAGUAUCAGGAAUGAGACUGAAAACCAGAAGAUAUGGUUUUUAUUCCAGAAUUAUUAUUAUUAUUAUGAUGUUUGGAUUGGACUGUACAGAACCAGAUCUUGGUCAGAUCAGAGCAACUCUUCAUUUACUUACUGGAGCACAUGGCAACCAGAUACUGCAGGAUCCUGUACUGUAGUCUCAUUCAGUGACUCUGGGAAAUGGACAGAUGAAAACUGCAAUUAUGCAUUUCCUUUCAUUUGUUACAGCUUGUUUUCUUUGACUUCAUCCCGUCAAUAUCACUUUGUGUCUGAGAAUAAGACCUGGACUGAAGCUCAGAGAUACUGCAGACAGAAUUACACUGAUCUGGCCACCAUUGAUAACAUGGAAGAAAUGAACAGUCUGAUCAACACAGUUAAUGGGAGUUACAAUGGUUCAGCCUGGAUUGGACUGUAUGGUGAUGUGAACAGCUGGAGAUGGUCUUUGGAGGAUGAUGAUUUCUAUCAGGAAGGAGAGAGAGAUUUCAGGAACUGGUAUCAUGAACCGGACAACAGUGGGGGUAAUGAACUGUGUGUUUACAUGGAUAAUAAUGGAAAAUGGUUGGAUAUAUCAUGUGACUACGGACUGCUGUUCGUUUGCUAUGAUGGUAGUGCAAAUGCCACACAGAAUUACAUCAGAAUCUAUGACUGGAAAACCUGGUCAGAGGCUCGUAGAUACUGCAGAGAUCAUUACACAGAUCUCGCCAAUGUGAGAAAUCAGACUGAGAACCAGAUGAUCCUUGAGAGAGCAAGUGGAGGAGUCUGGAUCGGACUGUACAGAAACAGGGUUUGGUCAAAUGGUCAGAUUACCAAAUAUGAAGACUGGAGACCACAAAUUCCUUAUUCACCACAGCAGCCAGAUAAUGGUCUAUAUGAUUAUGGCCAGUGGUUUUCUCAGCACUGCACUGCCGUAUCAUUCAGCCAUUCAGGCCAAUGGAUUGAUGAGAACUGCCUAUCCAGCAUCCCUUUCAUCUGCUACAACAGAACCUGCACACAAUCAUGCACUCGUCAGUAUCACUUUGUGAAUGAAUCUAAGACCUGGACUGAAGCUCAGAGAUACUGCAGAGAGAAUUACACUGAUCUGGCCACCAUUGAUAACAUGGAGGAAAUGAAGAGGCUCUUUAAAACAGUACGUGGGACUUACUAUGGCAAAGCUUGGAUUGGACUGUAUGAUGAUAUGAACAGCUGGAGAUGGUCUCUGGACAAUGCAGCGUUAGAGGGAGGAUUUAAAAGCUGGUAUAUCCAGACACCAGUAAACUCAGGUGGACAGAGUCUGUGUGCGUACAUAUCAUAUUACUCGGGAAUAUGGAGUGAAAUCUCUUGCCACUAUAUACUUCCAUUUAUUUGUUAUGAUGGAAGAGCGAAUGCUAGUACAAGUUAUGUGCUUGUUUACCAGUACAAAACCUGGACUGAAGCUCAGAGUUACUGCAGAGAACAUCACACAGACCUCAUCAGUAUCAGGAAUGAGACUGAAAACCUCAAACUUAAGUCAUUAUUUUGGUGGUAUUCCUCUUUUUGGAUCGGACUGUACAGAACCAGAUCUUGGUCAGAUCAGAGCAACUCUUCAUUCAGUAACUGGAGGACAGGACAGCCAGAUAAUGCUGGAAACAGUGAAUACUGCACUACAGUGUCAUUCAGUGACUCUGGGAACUGGACAGAUGAAAACUGCGAUACUGCAUUUCCUUUCAUUUGCUACAGUGUAUUAGCAUCAUCCCGUCAGUAUCACUUUGUGUCUGAGUCUAAGACCUGGACUGAAGCUCAGAGAUACUGCAGACAGAAUUACACUGAUCUGGCCACCAUUGAUAACAUGGAGGAAAUGAACAGUCUGAUCAACACAGUUAAUGGGAGUUACAGCGGCUCAGCCUGGAUUGGACUGUAUGAUGAUGUGAACAGCUGGAGAUGGUCAUUGGAAGACAAUGAUUUCUAUCAGGAAGAAGGAAGAGAUUUCAGGAACUGGUAUCAUGAACCAAAGAAUGUUGGGAAUGAACUGUGUGUUUACAUGGAUUCUAAUGGAAACUGGUUUGAUUCAUCAUGUGACAAUUAUUACACAUUUGUUUGCUACAAUGGAAGAGGAAACUCCUCUCAGAAGUAUGUUUUGGUAAAUGAGAGAAGGACCUGGACUGAAGCUCAGAGCUACUGCAGAGAGAAUUACACAGACCUGGCCAGUGUGAGAGAUGAGACGGACCACCAGCAGAUACUGAACAUUACACAUUAUUAUUCUGGUUAUGGUUAUUAUUAUUAUGGAUACACUGUAUGGAUUGGUCUGCACAGAAACAGACUGUGGUCAGAUCAGAGCAGCUCUUCCUUCACAUAUUGGCUGCCAUAUACUCAAGGUGAUGCUGCACAACCAGAUAAUGGUGCAAAUGUCCCAGGACAGCAGGGAGCUCAACACUGCACAGCUGUGUCUUUAAAAUACUUUGGCCAGUGGACAGAUGAGAGCUGCUUUGCCAGUUUGCCUUUCUUCUGUUACAGUGGUAAGCUAUCAUACCUCUUUUAAUGAAAUAAAUGAAUAAACAUCAUGUUACACACAAAACAAGCAAAUUGUAAAUAAUACAAUAACCUUUUAUGCCCUGUUUUCUGUUUGCUUUCUGGUAUACAUGAUGAUCAUCAUAUUGACCCACCAUUUCAGAUGAGUAUGGUAGGUUUGUGUAAAUACGUUUUAAAUUCAAAAUUCACAUUAUUUAAAUUAUUAUCUUAAUACAUCCAAUUUUUAUCUUAAAGGUCAGGUAGGCAAUUUUAGAGAGGCUAGCGAUCACCAGCUAACUUUGAAAGCACAAGAUCCCACCCUCCCUUCAGAUCGCUCUCCUCCUUCAAAACACAUGAACGCAUACAGCAGAUUCUGCAAAGCGUCACGAGAGAUGGCGUUAUUGUACCUCAUGUCUCAAAGCACAUAACAUUACAACAAUAAUGAGUGUAAACAACUCACAGAGCUCUUAAUUGUACCGCCUGACUGCUGCAGAAUCAGAUUCAUUUUGGCGUUGAUAGUGUUGACAUAGAAACGCAAAAAUCUGAAGACGUGAACAGCUCCACGUAGAAUGUCACGGGUUGCCAUCUUGUAAUUACGGUUAUGACAUGGUGUGAACACAGCACAAGCUCAUUGUUUUGUUUCAGGAGGAACUGUAAAAGGUGGCUGCUGUUUGCAGCACUCGGUGAAGUCAAUGUGGUUGGUAAUAAGUGAAGCUGGUAAUGCUGUUUGUGGAGUUGUUAAAUCAGAUCAUCAGAGAUUUAAUGUCUUCUUUUAUCUUCAGCUGAUUUCAUCUAAGGCUGUGGCUUAGAUGAAAUCAGUCAGUUGUAGUUCUUGUGUUUCUCUUUUCUUCAGUAAUUCUGCUUGUUAACAGCAGGUGUUCAUCACAAAUGCUCAAUAAUCACUUAAUUAAUUGAUUAAUUAUCUCAUUAACUUUAACUCUGCUUCAAUGUUACUUUAACACUAUUUAGAGAGGGACCAUAUGUACUCUGAGCAGAGUUGAUUUAUGUCUGCGCAAGCAGGGUGCACGGAGGUAUGGAAAUACAUAUGUUGACAGGCAGGUAGAACAUCGUAUCAUUGCGUUCAGACCAGACAUUUUUUGAUCCUUAGACUUCCACAGAAGAUAUAUGUACAUGUUUUAAUAUUUAGACCACUUCUAUUAUUGAUUGCUCAGGGUGUGAAGAGAGUUUCAACCAGCAUAACAAAAAAGUGUUUAUAUAAAAAAAUUGCCUACCCUACCUUUAAUAAAACUAUUUUCUAUUUUCACAGUACUGACCAAUUUUGUUUUGCUUUGUUUUUUACUGAUCAGUGAUGGGACUGAGAGUGAAAUUUACAAGUGUAGAAUAUUUAUCAAAGUCUCAGAUUGAAGAGCUGGUGAUCAUAAAGCUCCAGGAAGAAUUUCUGAGACGGGGACUUCCCAGCAACUUCACCAUGCAUUUGAGGAGCUAUCGUAAAAUCAGCCCAUGAGAGACGAGGACAGCAUUCCUGCACACAAAGAAAAUGGUUUUAGGUUUCAUGUUUUUUCCCUUUAAACCAUCAGUACUCCACUGUUUGCAUGUUUUGCAAUUCUAUAAUAAAUCUGUCUUUGAAUCUGAACCAUAAACAAUUUUUGGUAACACUUUGCAAUAAGGUUCAUUUGUUAACAUUAGUUAAUGUAUUAACUAACAUGAACUAACCAUGAGCAAUACAUUUGUGACUGUAUUUGUUAAUCUUCGUUAAAGUUAGUUAAUAAAAAUACAGCUGUUCAUUGUUUGUUCAUGUUCACAAUACAUUAACUAAUGUUUACAAAUACAACUCUUAAUUUUAAUAAUAAUAAAUGUUGAAAUUAACAUUAACAAAGGUUAAUAAAUGCUGUAGAAGUGCAGUACAUUAUUAGUUCAUGUUAACUAACGCAGUUAACUAAUGAACCUUAUUGUAAAGUGUUACCCAAUUUUUUAACAAAUAUAUACAGAUCUUGAUUAGAAACAAUCCACUAUUAUUCAUACUUGCUAAUACCCAAUGCUAAUAAUUUAGUUAUUUUCUCAGAUUCGUGUGAACGGUAUGGAAGCUUGUUUCCGCCUCAAAAUAAAAAAAAAGAUAAUUGCAACUUUUUAUCUCACAAUUCUGACUUCUGACUUUUUCACACAAUUGUGAGUUCACAUCUCGCAAUUCUGAAAAAAAAAAGUCAUAAACUCGCAAGAAUGGAAAAGGACCAAGAAAAGGACCUUGUUUUUCUCGCAACUGUAAGAAAUGAAGUCAGAAUUAUGAGAAAAAAGUCAGAAUUGCGAGAAAAAAAGUCAAAAUUGCGAGACAUAAACUCACAAUAGUGAGAAAAAAGUCAGAAUUGCGACUUUUUUUCUCGUAAUUCUGACUUUAUUUCUCGAAAUUGCAAGAAAAAAAGGUCCUUUUCUGGGUCAAAACAGACCUCAAAUGCAUUAAUUUUUCCUUUUAUUUUUGUCACAGUUAUGUUCGAUUUGCUUUAGUUUUCAUGGACUUUUAGUUUGUUUUCAUUAGUCAAGUGUUUCUUUGUUUCCCUUUGUUAACCAUUGCAUAAUGAAUUCUACAACAUACAGUAGGCCAAUUAAAAGUAUAAUCUCAGAAAUAAAGGUACAAAAUCUGUCACUGGUGGCAGUACCCUUUCAAAGGGUAUAACAGUGUCAUUUAGAUACUAAUAUGUACACUUUAGCUAAUGUACUUUAUGUACUUAUAAGGUGCUAAUAUGCUCCCCUUAGGGGUAAAUAAGGUACAAGGUGUACCUUUUGAAAAGGUACAGUACAGCUCUGACAGCUUUUGUACCUUUUUUCUGCAUUGUUCCUGACAACUUAUAAAAACCUGUUUUUCUGUUCUGUGAUAUGAGAGACUGCUAUUAAACUUCACAUUAGUUUACUU